GACAGCUGGUGACCUUUGACAUUCAAGAUGGCUCUCAGCAAGUGUACUUACCGAUUUCUCGGCGGUAGCGGACUCAAAGUGUCUAACAUAUGCCUUGGAGCCAUGACUUUUGGGGAACACCAGGAUGGGCGACCAGGGCAGUGUGACGAGGCUACAGCUCACGCCAUCAUGGACAGGUUUGCUGAACUGGGAGGGAACUUCAUAGACACAGCAGAUGUCUAUCAGUAUGGGGUGUCUGAGGAAUAUGUGGGCAGUUGGCUGUCCAUGAAAGAGCGGGAGAAAUUUGUCAUUGCCACAAAGGUGUGUGGACCCAUGGACCCUACGUACAAGGACCCUAACCAGCUAGGACUGAGCAGGCAUCACAUUAUGGACUCCAUUGACAAAAGUCUGAAAAGGCUACAGACUGAUUAUGUGGAUCUCUACCAGAUCCACUGUUGGGAUGAUGGUACACCCCUAGAGGAGAUGAUGACAGCCCUGAAUGACCUGGUGAGAGCUGGGAAGGUACGUUACAUCGGUGCGAGUAACGUGACGGGCUGGCAGCUACAGAAGAUUGUGGACCUCGGAAGGACCAUGGGGCUGAACAAAUGGAUCACUCUGCAGGCCCAGUACAACCUGCUGUGCAGGUCUACUGAGUGGGAGUUGAUGGAGAUCUGCAGGAGGGAGGGGCUGGGCUUGUUGCCAUGGAGCCCACUUAAAGGAGGAUGGCUGGCUGGAAAGUUCACCCGUGACAUGACUGCCGUUCCCACUGACACACGCGUGGGCUGGGCCUCGGAGAAGGCAGCACGAAAGAAUCAGGCUACUCCUGACUACCAGCAGUAUGCUAACAACGACAAGUUCUGGGCCCUGGACGAAGUCUUAAAACGUGUGGCAAAGGAGCAAGGUAAAAGUGUAGCCCAGGUGUCUCUCCGCUGGCUGCUGCAGAAGGACGUGGUGUCGUCUGUCAUCAUCGGGGUGAAAACUCUGCAGCAGCUGGAGGACAACAUGGGGGCUGCAGCUGGCUGGGAGCUCACGCAGCAGCAGAUGGAUGACCUAGAUGCAGCCAGUGCUGUGGAGAUCCCCUACCCGUAUGAGAUGGUUGGAAGGGCCAACAAGGCAGCUGGCAGACUGAGGCCGUAGAACGGACAACUUCCAGACCUGUGCUGUCUUGUUUGUGGCAGGGUUGUAGAUUCCCUUAAGGCCACCUUUCCACUGGACCAUUGUGAGACCAUAAUUGAAUAGAAUAUUAUGACCUAUGACUUCAAAAUUGGAAUAUAUAUGAUCUAUGAUAGGUAUGAUUUGAAAGAUGUAAAACACACAAAAUUUACAAAAUACAGUUCUUUAUCAAUGCCAUUCUUUUGAACCAAUUCUAUCAAAGUUAUGGCUUGUUUGUUUAAUCUAGACAAUCAUGUUUUCUGAUAUUUUCAUGAUUGAUUGGCGAUAAGUAGACAGUCUAUUAUACUGUCUGUUUUAAAUAUAUCAUGAUGAAAUGAUUACAUAGCACUAAAUUAGUCCAUUUGUGUCCCGCUCUUGUUCUUGACCUUGAGGCUCACACCUGCCUAAAUAUU